CACACACACACACACACACACGCGCGCGCGCACACACACACGCACACACACACAUACACACACUCACAUAACACGCACUCACACACGCACGCACACACAUACACACAUACACAGGCGCCCCAGGAACCACACGCCAGCAUCCCGUGCAAUAUCCCUGGCAGACACAGGCGCUCACGAGUUUCUCGGUGCCAGCUUGCAGGACAGCGACUCCCGAAACCAAACCUGCCCUUGACAAGCUGUUUCUGUUCUCCAGACAAGCUCCUCUGGGGCCUCCCGCACCAUCACCUGGAUCCGACCCUUUCGCGACCUAGGAACCUGGAAGCUGUAAGAGGUGCUGGCUCAAGAAGCACCAGAGGUAUAUACAGAGUAUUGGGAUCGGAUCCAGGAUCCAUAAGAAUUUCUCACCUUGAAUCUAGGAUUUAUAUGAUAUUCUUCUCAGAUUUACUUGGUUUUAAAUAACAUUUAAAAUAUAUAUUUGCCUCAAGGGUGUCUUUAAGAAGAGUAAUUUCCAAUGCCUAAGAAUAGCAAAGUGGUAAAGAGAGAUUUGGAUGAUGAUGUCAUUGAAUCUGUCAAAGACCUUCUGUCCAAUGAAGAUUCAGUGGAAGAUGUUUCUAAGAAGAGCGAACUAAUCGUUGAUGUUCAAGAAGAGAAAGAUACAGAUGCAGAAGAUGGAUCUGAAGUUGAUGAUGAAAGGCCAGCUUGGAACAGUAAGCUGCAAUACAUUUUGGCACAAGUUGGAUUUUCUGUAGGUCUGGGGAAUGUAUGGCGAUUCCCAUACCUCUGCCAAAAGAAUGGUGGUGGUGCAUAUCUUUUGCCAUAUUUAAUACUUCUUCUAGUGAUAGGAAUUCCACUCUUUUUCCUGGAACUUUCUGUGGGUCAAAGAAUUCGGAGAGGCAGCAUCGGGGUUUGGAAUUACAUAAGCCCUAAACUGGGUGGGAUUGGAUUUGCAAGCUGUGUGGUGUGCUAUUUUGUGGCUCUCUACUACAAUGUCAUCAUUGGCUGGACAUUGUUUUACUUUUCUCAGUCUUUUCAACAACCUCUUCCUUGGGAUCAAUGCCCUCUGGUGAAAAACGCAUCUCAUACUUAUAUUGAGCCAGAAUGUGAAAAAAGUUCCGCCACCACCUAUUACUGGUACCGGGAAGCACUGGAUAUCAGCAGUUCCAUCUCUGAAAGUGGAGGCUUAAACUGGAAGAUGACUGUCUGCCUGCUGGCUGCCUGGGUCAUGGUUUGUCUGGCCAUGAUCAAAGGCAUUCAAUCCUCUGGAAAAAUCAUGUAUUUUAGUUCUCUGUUCCCCUAUGUGGUACUUAUUUGUUUCCUAAUAAGAUCUCUCCUUUUAAAUGGUUCAGUUGAUGGCAUCCGACACAUGUUCACCCCUAAGCUUGAAAUGAUGCUGGAGCCCAAGGUUUGGAGAGAGGCAGCGACUCAAGUCUUCUUUGCCUUGGGUUUGGGAUUUGGCGGAGUCAUCGCGUUUUCGAGUUACAACAAGAGAGAUAACAACUGCCACUUUGAUGCCGUCCUCGUGUCUUUUAUCAACUUCUUCACUUCAGUCCUGGCAACACUGGUGGUGUUUGCAGUUCUGGGGUUCAAAGCCAAUAUCGUAAAUGAAAAAUGCAUUUCACAAAACUCCGAGAUGAUCUUGAAACUCUUGAAAAUGGGAAACAUUAGUCGGGAUGUCAUUCCCCAUCACAUCAACCUCUCAGCUGUCACGGCAGAAGAUUAUCGUUUAGUUUACGACAUCAUUCAAAAAGUGAAGGAGGAGGAAUUUGCUGUUCUUCAUCUCAACGCCUGUCAAAUUGAAGAUGAGCUAAAUAAAGCUGUGCAGGGCACUGGCUUGGCUUUUAUUGCAUUUACGGAGGCCAUGACACAUUUCCCUGCAUCUCCCUUCUGGUCAGUGAUGUUUUUCCUCAUGCUGAUAAAUCUCGGGCUCGGGAGCAUGUUUGGAACCAUCGAAGGAAUCAUCACUCCUAUCGUGGACACGUUCAAAGUGAGGAAGGAAAUACUCACUGUUAUCUGUUGCCUCCUGGCAUUUUGUAUUGGCUUGAUAUUUGUGCAGCGCUCUGGAAAUUACUUCGUUACAAUGUUUGAUGAUUAUUCUGCUACGUUGCCUUUGCUAAUUGUGGUCAUCUUGGAAAAUAUUGCUGUUAGCUUCGUUUAUGGCAUAGAUAAGUUUCUAGAAGACCUAACAGAUAUGUUAGGAUUUGCUCCAAGCAAAUAUUACUAUUAUAUGUGGAAAUACAUUUCUCCUUUAAUGCUCCUAACGUUGCUAAUAGCUAGCAUUGUGAAUAUGGGAUUAAGUCCUCCUGGAUAUAAUGCAUGGAUCAAGGAGAAGGCAUCAGAAGACUUUCUGAGCUACCCGAUGUGGGGGAUGGUUGUCUGUUUCUCUCUGAUGGUCCUGGCAAUACUUCCUGUCCCAGUGGUGUUCAUCAUUCGUCGCUGCAACCUCAUAGACGAUAGUUCUGGUAACUUGGCCUCUGUGACCUAUAAGAGAGGAAGAGUCCUGAAAGAACCUGUGAACUUGGAAGGAGAUGAUGCAAGCCUCAUUCAUGGAAAGAUACCAAGUGAAAUGUCAUCUCCAAAUUUUGGUAAAAAUAUUUAUCGAAAACAAAGUGGUUCCCCGACACUGGACACCGCUCCGAACGGACGCUAUGGGAUUGGGUAUUUGAUGGCAGACAUGCCAGAUAUGCCGGAGUCUGAUCUGUAGCUGAGAGAAAGUAGGGGUUGAGUUUGGUUAAUUUUUAUCAAUGAGCAUUGGUUCUACCAUGAGAAGCAUUGGGCUUCACUUACCACAAAGUGAUCUCAGGUGUCUAUGGCUGUGAUCUUUAAUCCCAACAGUUUAAGACCGUUUCAAGAAUAGCAAUCCUCAGUUUACAUUUGCAAAGAAAUGAUUGCAGACAAAGCUUACAUCGACUGAGGUCAUAUUUUGCCAGGAUUUUUUUAAAAAAGCACUUUGGCAUUUUUUCAAGUAUUUCUAUCUCUUAAAAAAAAGGUGUUACCUCAGUUUCUAAUAAUUUCUGGAUUUAAUAUUAUUGGCAAUUUAAAGAAAAAUCCCUGGUAUAUCUUACAAUUCAUAAUUUUGCCUUCGGAGUAAGUUUCAGUAUUACCAGUAACAGUUGUGUGAGCCGGUGCCACUCCAUGAGCACAGUUCCAUGAGUGUGUUCUGUAGAUAGUCUGUACUUAAUUUUGGUAGCAUUGAAAUCUUCUUAGGCACUUAGUAGGAGAAAACUGCAAAGUAUUUUCUUAUAUGAUAGCUGCAUAGAGCAAUAGUAUCAAAGAAUAAGAAGGCACUGUUGCUGGAUGAGAGAGAGGUUAGGUCCAGAUGUGACUGAGGGUUCCAUGUGGUGGCUUGUAUAUUUUGUGUAAAAUAGGUGUGUGGAAACGAUUGAAGAGAGUGAUUCCAUACUCUCAAGAAUUAUGCAGGCUGCAUUUUUCUUAUGCCGUGUGCCUAAAAACCUACUGAAUAUUUAUUGUGGUUUUGAGAUCACUUAUAGUAUAUUUCUAUAAUAUACUUGCAAAUGUAUAGAGAUGCCUAUCAGGACUGUUAAGUGCUGAUUUGAAAACUUGAAGCAAGAUAGCGUUUGAUUUCAUAUGUUUCUGUUUUGCUUCAUUUUAUGCAAAGACAAAUUCUUUUUUAAGUGAUUGUUAAAACUGUAUGGCAUUACAUUUUAACCUACCAAUAAACAAAGUUUAAACAACGG